AUGAUGUCAGACGUCAGUUGCAAACGAAAUACCAUCGUGGUGAGUUAUUUAAGCGAAUAUUUCGCAAUUUACAAAGUUUACGCGUGUUACAUUGAUGAAAAAUAGUUACAAAUGUGUCAAUAUUGAUGUAAAAGUGAUGAGUUUGUUAGUUUAAGUUGUUAGUUGAUAGUUUUUCAAGUGUUUUGUAGUGAUGUCAGUGAUCUUAUAGCUAACGGGAUUCCGGUAUUGAACUUUUGUCUGAAUUUUGAGUUGAGACACACCUAGAUGUAGGCUGUAACGCGGAAGGAGCCGGAUGUUAAGCCAUGCGUGAAUUUUGAUAUUUUACUUUACUUAACGGACGCAACAUGGCGUCGGGAUGGCUCCCAGCGGUGGUCUGCGUCUCAAUAAUCUUCUGCUUUCAACAUGGUUCUGCCAACAAGUUGCCAGUAUUCACUCAGGACACGGAUAAACUGACGCUGUCGGAGAGCACGCUGGUUGGCACCAUCGUGUACACACUACAGGGGACAGAUCCUGACGGAUUGCCAUUGCGGUACGGAUUGGUCGGAACGGACAAGUUUUCAGUCAAUCCGAUGACCGGGGAAGUUACCCUAGUCCAGCCAUUAGAUAGAGAGAAAGAAGACACCAUAAAAUUUCUAGUCUCAAUAGAAAACGUCCACGAAGACGAAUCUAAGAACUUGGUACAAACACAACCUUUCACGGUCAUCGUUUUAGAUGAAAAUGACAACCCACCUAUUUUUAAGAAUAGCCCUUACGAAGUAGACGUGCCAGAAGAUGAGGAGAUCGGGAAAACUGUUUUGAGCAACAUCGAAGUAGAGGAUAGAGAUUCCGUCGGAGACAGCUUGGAAGUUGGCUGCGUACCAAACGAUCAGUGGCCAGAAGCGUGCGAGAUUUUUGAAGUCGUGAGCCUACAAUCUACUGCCAACCAGUACAGCGGCGCGCUGGUGCUUAGAAGACAACUUGAUUACAACGAAAAACAAUUCUACCAAUUUCAAAUCUAUGCCACGGAUGGCACGCUAAACUCUACAGCCCACGUGGAAGUAAAAGUAGUGGACGUCCAGAACACACCGCCAGUGUUCAGUGGCUCACUGAGUGGCUCUCUGUCCGAAGACGCGCCAGUUGGAACAGUUGCUCUCAUCAUAAAGGCUCGUGACGCCGAUCGCGCCCAACCCAGAGAUGUCAAACUGGAGCUUAUUACUAAUCCCCUAGACUUCUUCUGGUUAGACAGUAAUUCUGGUGAAUUGAAAACAGCAAAGCCCUUGGACAGAGAAGCUUUAGCUGAUCCAUCUUCACCUCUUAACCUCACUGUUAGGGCCAGCGAAAUAGUAAACGGCGUGCCAGUCAUCUCCAACCUAACCUCCACACUAGCCACCGUCACCAUCACAAUCAAGGAUGUGAACGAUGAACCGCCUCGCUUCAACCGGCGCGAGUACAGUGUGGAGUUACCAGAAAGCCUGCCCUUUGGUACGCCGCUACCCAACCUGGAUAUGGUCGUUACUGAUACUGAUGUGGGUCUAAAUUCUGUAUUCUCUCUUCGUCUAUCGGAUGAGAUGGGUGCAUUCAUUGUGGAACCAUCUACAGCAACUGGCAGCGCCACUGUUACUUUGCGGCUCAAUUCAAGCUUGGACUACGAAGAUCCGAAUCAAAGGAAAUUUAUCUUAGAGGUAAUAGCAGAAGAACUACACACAUCCCCGCGGCUAUCCUCAAAAGCAAGUGUGACAGUAUCAUUGACAGAUGUCAACGACAAUGCGCCUCAGUUUGCUGAUGAGCCAUAUUCCACCUCAGUGGCUGAAGCGGCACCUGCAGGGACCAGAGUGGCGGCCAUCAGAGCUACUGACAGAGACACUGGAAGAUUCGGUACCGAAGGCAUAGUUUACCAGCUAUCAGGCAACGGAGCAGAUCUCUUCAAUGUGGACAACCGGAGUGGAGUUAUCACAGUAGCGCCCUGUCCUACACCUGGGCAAGCACCUUGUUUAGAUUAUGAAACUAGAAAGGAUUACUUUUUGCAAUAUAAGGCCACAGACGAUGACGGAGCAGGACAAAUGACAGUGGUCUCCCUCCAGAUAUCUCUAACCGACUCCAAUGAUAAUCCACCAAUUUUCGUCACGCCGGUCUACAGAGCUUCUAUUGAUGAAGAUGCUGUUAAGUUUGAACCGGAGUUAUUGGUUCAAGCCCGCGAUGUAGAUACAACAUCAGAUAUUCGUUAUUCAAUCGCCUACCCUCCAGAUUCCCCAUUUUGGAUCGAACCCAUAACCGGCAGAAUUUCCGUUAGAGGUGGUGCUAUUUUAAAUUCUACCGAGGAAAAUCGCAUCGUGCUAACCAUAGUGGCUACUGACGGCGUACAUAAUGCAACCUGCAAAGUUGAGAUAACGAUCCGAGACGUAAAUAAUCACGAACCAGCUUUCGAUACCGAUAAAUACGAUGCUAGUAUUGCAGAGGAUGCAGCUAUUGGCACGGAGGUAGCAGCAGUGAGAGCCACUGAUCUAGAUAGUGGUAUCAAUGCUGAGAUCAAGUAUGGCAUACAGAAAGGGGCUUUAGAAGCUUUCGUCAUAGACAAUGUAACUGGAGUAGUUACUGUGGCCUCUAAGCUUGACUACGAUAGAAAGAAUACGUACUGGAUACGGAUCGUUGCUACUGAUAUGGGUAUCCCAAGUCUGACCGGUACAACUGAGCUAACCGUCCACAUAAUCAAUGUCAACGAUAAGAAACCUAACUUCACUCCAAGCAUUCAAAGGGCUGAAGUUUCCGCGGACGCUGAAGUCGGGACCAUACUGCACAAUCUCAUAGCUGUGGACCCGGAUAUUACGGACGAUGGACAGUUAGUGUACGAAUUGGCUAGGGAUAGAGUCAUACGGGCUGUUGACAAAAAUGGAAAAGAGGUAUCAGAAGAAGGUAUAUUCGGGUCGUGGUUUAGCGUAUCACCAAACGGCAGCGUAUCAGUAUCACAGCAUUUGGACAGGAACCGAGCAGCUGUCAUCACGCUACCAGUGGCUGUUACUGACGCUUCAGCGCCUACCUUACAGAGGACUGAUGGGGAACUAAUAAUAAACAUCGUGGAUGUGAAUCGGCACGCGCCAGUGUUCGGCCAACCGGCAUACGUGGAGAAGAUUCUAGAAGAACAGCCGAUCGGCACCGUCCUCAAUACAUACACGGCGACAGACAAGGAAACUCCCAUAGCGGCUAUUGUCAUCUAUCCGCCCAGUCCAUACUUCCAAAUCGACAAUGUCACAGGCGUAGUCAAAACAAUCCAGCGGAUAGACUACGAGAAAGUCCACUCGAUAAACUUCACUCUGGUAGCAUACGACUCGGGAGUGCCGCAGCUAUCGACAUCGGCGGGAGUGUUGGUGGAGGUGGUGAAUGUGAAUGAUGAGGAGCCGAGGUUCCUCGCUGCGGAGUACACUGCAGUACUGGUGGAGCAUUCUGAACCAGGAACUGUGGUGCUUAAUGUUACAGCAGAAGAUGAUGAUGAAGGGGAAUUUGGCAAAGUGACCUACAGUCUAUCGGGCGAGCAAUCAUCACAGUUCAACAUAGACCCAACCACAGGCAUUAUAACAGUGGCAGAAGGUUCCAUCAUAGACCGUGAAAUAACCUCAGACCUGUGGUUCCGUGUGGUAGCCACUGAUAAUGCUUCUGAUCAUUUGAAAAAGUCUGCUAAUGUGCCUGUCCACAUAAAAAUCCAAGACAUCAACGACAAUCCACCAGUCUUCACCCAGAAGGUAUACAAGAGCACGAUAGCUGAAAAUCUACAGCUAAACCCUCCCGCCGCCAUAUUGCAAGUCCUGGCUGAGGAUAAUGAUGAGGGGAUCAACGGGAAGGUUAUAUACAGCAUAUUGGAACAGACUAAGGCCGGAGUAUUUUCAGUGGACCCAAACAGCGGUAUCAUAUAUCCAGCCAAACCAGUUACCGGUGAUACCACCUACCAUCUAACGGUAUCAGCUAGAGAUGAAGCUGGAAAGGGACAUCACGACACGGCCCGGGUUGAUAUAACUGUUCUGAGCGUGAACAAACAUAGUCCCGUGUUCGUUCAGCCACCUCCUGACCAGAGAACAGUGGAGAUACCAGCGAAUGCAGCAGUACCUGACUACUUGAUAACGACUAUCCAAGCAACAGAUGAAGACUCAGGUGAAAACGGACGGGUUUCCUAUCGCUUGGAUGACCAGAAUGUAGCACAGUUCAGUCUGGAUCCCAGUACUGGAGAACUCAGGACUAAAACCUUCUUGGAUUAUGAGCAACAGGCUGAAUAUCAGCUUGCAAUAGUAGCGGCAGACAACGGUACUCCAGCACAAUUUGAGACACUACGCUUGUUGACCGUUGUACUAGUUGAUGAUAAGGAUAAUGCGCCAAGAUUCCUUCAGAGGCAUCACCAAUUUGCUGUGCGGGAGAAUUUACCACCAGGAAUUAUUGUUGGCAAUUUUAAAGCAAUAGACAAAGACUCUGGUGAAAAUGGCAAGGUGUACUAUCACAUCCUCGAAGGAAACCAAGAAGGGGCAUUCACUCUUGACAGGACUCAAGGCAUUAUUAGAGCUAAUAUGACUUUCGACAGGGAAAAGCAAGACGAGUAUUCAAUGACGAUUUACGCAAGCAACAAUCCUCUGCUUGAACACGCGGCGGCCAUCUUGAAUUCCAUAGACAACAGCACAGAUAGCCAGGACAUCAGCGUCACCACAGUUAAAAUAAAGAUACUUGACGAGAACGACAAUGAACCGAAGUUUCAACAGAAAAUAUACUACGCAGGCAUAAAGCACACAGCCCGUGUCAACGAACCUAUCAUAUCGAUCGUAGCCGAAGAUCCAGAUCUAGAUGUGAACGGGACCUUAAUCUAUAUGGUAGCAGCUUCCAAUCUGUACAAAUUCGGUGACUCCAAGUCCAGUGGCAGUGUUGUGCCUUCGCCCUUUAAUAUCACUCAAGAUGGCAUCCUCACCACAGCGAAUUACAUGUCAGAGUACAAUCAAGACAGAUUCGUCCUCGACGUCAUCGCUCAAGAGGUAGCUGCGCCGUACAGACAAGCUAAAGCGCAGGUUUAUCUCUGGAUCAUAGACCGCUCAUCCCUUAUCCGCAUGGUGGUGUCUAGAAGUUGUUCCGCGCCGGUGGAGGGCGUGCAGCUGCGGCUGGCGGACGCGGGACAGGCGCUGCUCAUUGCGGGCAGGAAACUGCCGCUGGUGCAGGCUGAUAGGCGGUAUGAUGACUGGUGCGAGAUCCAUCUACACGCGGUAGACCCAACGACAUACCAAGUGUUGCCAGUCGAUAGAGUGUUGGAGACGAUAGAUUCCAAAUAUGACCAGCUCAAGGAUGCGUACCAGGAGUAUGGAGUGGAAACCCUCAUUGCUGCUAGUGCUACUUCUAAAGCGCCGGACAGUUUUGAUCCAGCACUUGCAGCGUUAAUAGCACUCCUUAUCGUUCUAUUCACGGGCAUUGUCACUUUUGUGGUGGUGUGUGCUUGCCUCAAACAUUGGGCACCUUAUUCCAGGGUGAUACCGCCACCGUCCCUGCAGUCCAGCAAGGGAGACAGUCUGGCUCGGAGACGAAUCCUCGAGGAGCUCAGUACCACAGAAAACCCUCUGUGGCUGGAGACCAAGCUCCGGCCGUAUGAGGAACAGGAGCUUACUAUGAACGUGUUCGGGGAUCAGAAUGAGCAGAACGCGGAACAGCCUCCUGUGAUGCCGGACAACACAUACGCCACAAUCCAGGGCAGCCGCACAACGGAGCGGUUUGGGGACUACGCUACGCUGGCCGGGGACUCGCCCACGCCCCUUGAAGCAGCCCUAGGAUUCCAGGGUAGUACAUUCAAGCCGCCAUCCCCAGAUACACCAGAGCCGCCGCCCAGACCGGCCGGCAUGGGACCCUUAUCAUGAUCGGACGUUUUCCUAGAAGAUAAAAUAUCAAAUAAAUGUAAAUAUAAAAAAUCUAGUUACAUGAUAUUUUAACGCACAUGUUGACGACGUAUUACCUAUUAUGAUCAUCGAUGUAUAUGAUUUACCUGAUAGAUAUUAUUAUACUGUGUGGUACUAACUAAUUAAGUAUGCACUUCAAAAAUACAGAUUCUAAGUGGUCAGACAUAUCUAAUUUUUCCUUUGUGACUUAAAUUAGAGAGUAGUUAAACAACUCUAGAUAAAUCGAUUUAUAGUGCCUUUAUACCCAAAAAAGGAAUCUUUAGUAAGAUACUCGUAGUUUCUAAGUAGUAAGUAGUAUUUACAUGUCAACUCAAGUCAAAUCAUUUAUACAAAGUUGGUCUGCACUCAUUUUGAUGGACAGAAUUUGUAAGAUGAUAAUUAUAGUGGUGAUAAUUACUUUCGUAAACUUAACACUAAAGCUACGAAGGUUCCAAAAAAGUGUAUAGAGUCUUUUUUAAUAUGUGCAAAUUAUAAGUAGAGGUUAAUACGUCGACAACGUCUGCAGUAAUAGGUACCUAACCACAUUAUUUUUAUUUUCGUAAGUAAUUUUAUUUCUAAACCAUAUUCUUAUAAAUGUAGAAAAAAUAUUAAUCCAUGAAUAAUUAUUGUAAAUACGCAUUAUUACAUAUAAUGGCAUAGCUGAAAUAUAUUACUAUUAAAGGCGUUGUAUCAAUUAUUGUUGUAAGUAGGUAUGUGCCAAACGUAUUUUAUACAAAAAAAAAAAAUAUUAUUCCUUUAAAUGUUUUGCGUAUAAUGUAAAUAUUCCUUAGAAAAAAUAUUUUAACUAGAAUCUCAAGUAACUUAGCCAAUUCAAAUAUUUGAAACUAAUUCCGUCCAUUUUAAUAUAGGUAUUCCAAAAAGUUAUCUUGCGAAAUGAGCUAUAUUUUUUAUUUAUUAUCGUUUUCUAGCGUUUUUACCAAUAAAAAGUGCAACAUUAUGUCAUAUUGCCAAUAUAACUUAUAUUGGAUAUCACAGCCCGUUCCCACUUGUCGGCUGUCGGGUCCGGAUUUUAAUCGGAUGUUCCAGUGACAGAACAUUUUGAAACAAAAUCGGUUUCAGACAAGUGUGAAUAGCUUCAUAUAAAAUGUUCCGCCGCUGGAACAUCCGAUUAAAAUCCGGGCCCGACAGACGACAAAUGGGAACCGGCUGUCGUCACUCUGCACACACGAUAGUUUAAACGCUAAAACGUACUGUCAUUAUUGUUAUUUUAAUUAUAAUAUUUACCAUUAAGUAUUGCCAUAGUAUAAGUAGUAUUUUUGUACAAAUUAGUAAUUUUUACGUAAUGACUUAGUUUUAUAAUUUUAACCUUUCCUUGUAAAUAUUCGCUUUAAUUGACAAUUUUGUAUCGAAUAUAAAUAUACAACGAAAUUAUUCUUUAUACUUUU